AGAAAUUGACCGGAAGUUCAUUAACAAGAACAUAUGACGAUUCGGAAAUUUAAGGUUAUAUAAAAAUGGAGCAAAUUCUACCACAUUUUGCUGAAGGAAAAGUUGUGAAAGGAUUUGGACGGGGCAGCAAAGAGCUAGGAAUACCCACUGCUAAUUUCCCAGAAAAUGUAGUAGAAAACUUACCUAAAGACCUUCCAGGUGGAGUGUACUAUGGCUGGGCCAAUGUUGAUAAUGGUGAAGUAUUGAAAAUGGUGCUCAGUAUAGGAUGGAACCCAUACUACCAUAAUACAAAGAAAUCUAUGGAAACACAUGUUAUACAUACGUUUAAGGAAGAUUUUUAUGGAUCAACAUUAAAAGUAAUUAUGCUAGGAUAUAUACGACCAAUGAGAGACUUUUCCUCUUUAGAUGAACUUAUAGGUGCAAUAAAUGAUGAUAUACAACAGGCUAAAGAGAAGUUAGAUUUACCGGAGAAUGCAUCAUAUAAACAAAAUAACUUUUUAUUUGAUGAAAUCAAGGAAGAUGUUUGAUGUAAAAUUAUAUUAGAUUUUUUAUUUUUUUAAUUUAUUUACAGACUGACUGUUUAAAGUGAGAAUGGUUUAAUGUUUGUUGGUGGUCAUUUAUUUGACAAUGUGGUAUUAAUAAUAUACGAGCUGUGUUAAGGAGAAAUAGACCUUAUGCAAAUAAAUAUCAUUACAUCUGUCAACCUAUUUUGGAUUGAAAAAAUCUCUACAGAAAGUCUGUAACUGAUUGAAAAUUGAAAUGUUAUAAGAACCCUAUACAAUAGACCAAAAUUCAUCUUUUAUUUUGUAUUUAAAUGUUCCCAAAUCAAUCAAAGUCUUAUACAUGUACAUGUAUAUGUGCACUGGCAUAAGGUCAAUUUUUUUCCGACACAGCUCAUAUCUUAUGAAAAAUAAUUCCUGGUGAAGUUUUAUAUAAGUCCUUAAGAUGUUGAUUCAAUUGUGAAAUGUCAAAUAUUUACAAAUAUUUAUGUGUUCUAAACAUAUACGUAAUGUUUUAUUUUUAUGUCACAUAUUUCCAGCAACAAAAUGAUGUUUUGUUUCAGUGGCCUUAACAGAUGAAGGUUUUAAGUUUGAAAAUUUACUUGUUCUAUACAUGUAUCGUUUUGCGAUGAAUAUUAUACAGCUGUAAGAAAAGACAUGAUAUUUUGCUAUACCACUGCCCAUUUACCUCAGAAUAUCAGAACUCUUUAAAAAUUCAACAACCAGAAGCACAUCUUUUGAUAUGUUUAAAAGUGCUGGUGCAUUAAAAGUUUUUUAUAUUAAUUUUAUGAAGACAAAUUCCAUUUCUACUUGACUCUUUUCAGAUUUGUUUUUCAAGAGUUAUGGGACUUUGAUUGCUAAAAAAUUGAUUGACACAAUUGUCUUGUAUUUAUGAUAUUUCUAAUUUUCCUCAUUUGAUUUUCACAAAAUUAAUUACACAAUGAUCAAUUACUUAAAGAAAGACAGACUCAUUUUCGGUUUUAAUGAUUUAUGAAUUUGUUAUUUCUAAAGUUACUGGACUUGUCGUCUGUUUAUGUAGUUCAUACGUGUUUCUCGUUUCUCGUUUUUAUAUAGAUUAGACCGUUGGUUUUCCCGUUUGAAUGGUUUUACACUAGUUUUUGGGGCCCUUUAUAGCUUGCUGUUCGGUGUGAGCCAAUGCUCCGUACCUUGACCUAUAAUGGUUUACUUUUAUAAAUUGUUACUUGGAUGGAGAGUUGUCUCAUUGGCACUCAUACCACAUCUUCCUAUAUCUAUUGAAUCAUAAAAGAAUGAAUCCUUAUGAUUACCCUUGUUAAAUGGAUAUUUUACUAAGUUUUGUACAAAAUAUUUGGUUUCAUGAAGGCAAUGCAUGAUCAAAUUAAAUUUCAUACUUAUGACACUAUGUUUCAUAAAUUGAGCAACUUUUUAGGUGUUUUUUUUUUAUUUAUUCACUAAAUCCAUGUUCAACAGUAAAUGUUAAUUGCAUUUUUUUAAUAUUUUCUGAUUCAUUUGAUUUAGUUAUGGGACUUUUAUCAUUUAAUGGUAAAAAUUAGGGUUCUACAUCAUCCUGGUAUCAUAAACGCAUGUCUCAGCUGUUUAUUUGUAUUAUUCAUAGUAUCAUUUUCAUACUCAAUUAUGUAUCAUACAAAACCUGCCUCCUCGAUCAUAUUCAUUUUUGAAAAUAUGUUAAGUCUAGGAAAUACUGAUGUGUGUAUAUGUAUUAAGCAAUUUAUCCUGAAUAUCUUCUCUGUUUGUGGAGGAAAGAAAGGGGGGUUAAAGGGACUUUUAAGCAUUACUGUAAAUUCAGAAAUUAUUGCGAGGUUUUUAUUAAUGCGAAUAAUGCGACUGGGUGAGUAUUGCAAUAAUAAGAACUUGCAUUCUGAUAUCUGAUACAUGUAUCUGUUUGCAGAUUUGCCUGAAAUCGCAAAAAAUAUUCUCGCAAUUUUGUACAUUUUUCAAAAAUUGCAAUAAUUUCUGUUUUUACAGUAUUUUUUCUAGACAAGAAAUGAUAAUUGAUUUUAUUUUAUGAAUCUGCCUAUUAAGAUAUAUUUCUUUAGAAUGAUAGUAUAAGCUAUGAUAGUAUAAACUAGAAUGACAUUAUGCAAUGUGAGAUAAAAAAAAACUACCAUGGUGCACUGACCAACUUAAUCUUAAAAAUAUUUUUAUUAUGUCUAUGAGGAAGAAAAUUCAUACAAAAACAAAAAAGUGAACGAAAAAACUACUAUUCAGUACCUAUAUAAUACUUACAGAAGCAUGAAAGACAGAUCAUUUAUAUUGAGUAUAUGAGAGGGUCUGGAUGGGGGUCCUUCAUUUUUGUAUUCUUUAAUUUUUUAGGCUAUUUAUCUCUAUUCUUUAUACUUUUUGCCCACUAUUCUCUAUUCCUUUUACUUUUUGCCCAUUAUUCUCUAUUCUUUAUUUUUUGAUAAUUUUUUCUCUAUUCUGUAAACCCCCAUCCACACCCUCAUAUAAGCAGUUAAUUUAGAACACUAUUAUUUAGGGACCACAUCUUUGUUUAUGAUUUGAUGGGUUGUUGUCACCUACCAAUCUUCAAACAGCGGAUGAUAUUUCAAUGGUUAUUUAAAGAUAUCCAAAGUAAAAUUGAAGGCCAAUAGAGGGUUAUUUGUAUUACAAUGUAUCUGUUAAUAUUAUAUGAUUUUUAUGAAGUCUGUAACAUGUGCUGAGGUUAAGAAGAUCUGAACGUCUUUACAGCUGAAUAUAUCUCACAACUUAUUAUGCCCCACCUACAAUAGUAGAGGGGCAUUAUGUUUUUCAGUCUAUGUGUCUGUGUGUCCGUUUGUCCGUCUGUCCCGCUUCAGGUUAAAAUUUUUGAAGUUGAAAUCCAAUCAACUUGAAACUUAGUACACAUCUUCCCUAUGAUAUGAUCUUUCUAAUUUUAAUGCCAAAUAAGUUAACAUAGAAAAUGAUAGUGUGAGUGGGGCAUCCAUGUACUAUGGACACAUUCUUGUUUUAUCUUUAAUGAAUUUUCAGUACUAACUACUAGGUGGAUUAAUUUCAUUCAUUUGUACUGGCUUUUUUUAUAAAUGAACAGGUGGUACUAUUGAUGUCUGAGCAAACAUUGUUCAUAACUUGAAUGUUUUGCAUAGUUUGCAUGUUAAAGUAUUACCAUUUUAAUUUCAACAUUUUCAAGUAUUAUCAAACUUGCUUAAAGGUGAGAUAUAUAUCUGUGUCAACAGUUUAUUGACUAGAAGGUCGUCUUGGUGUCCCGAUGCUUUACAUGCAUGUGAAGAGACGAAGAUCCUUAUUGAUUUUGAGGUCACUGCAUCUAAGGUCAUGGUCAUUUACUGAAAAUAGACCAAAGUUCAUGCAGGACAUUGAUGCACGGAUGCUCAAACAAAAGGGUAUUACAAAUUACAACUUUAUUGGAUAUAUGGUUACAUAUUAUGAGAGGAAGAUCUAUUGAUUUUGAACUCACUAGGCCUAAGGUCAAGGUCAUUGUUACUGAAAAUAGUUUUUUUUUUAGACAACAGAAAAGAAUUGUACCUAAAAGUAAACAGAAAAAACUAUGCCAACUUGCCACUAUGACUUUAAACUUUUUCCCUUUAAAUCAGGGGAACGGGACAUGGGGUAUGUGAGCUUGCUAAUAGGAUUUGUACAUAUACUCACUGAAAAAACAUGUUUUCGUUUGCUUUGAUAGAUGCCUGUCCCAAGUCAGGAGCAUGUAGUUCAGUGGUUGUCCUUGGUUCAUCAUCAGACUGCCAUAUUUGUUUUUCGUAAAUUGUUUUGUUAUAAGUUAGGCCGUUAGUUUUCUCAAUUGAAUUGUUUCAUAUUUUUCAUGUCAGGGCCUUUUAUAGCCUACUAUACGGUAUGGAUUUUUCUCAUUGUUGAAGGCCGCAUGGUUGCCUAUAAUUGCUUACAUCCACUACAUUUUAACUUUGGUGGAUAGUUGUCUCAUUGGCAAUCAUACCACAUCUCCUUAUUUUGAUGUAAGAUCAAUGAAAUGAGAAGCAAAAUUCCUUCAAACCACAAAACUAAUAGAAUAAGAAGUAAUUUACAUAUAAUCCACCGACCAAUCAGAUUUAUGAUUGUAUUAGAUACAUAUUGAAGAGUUUAUAGAUAACUUACAUAUUGAUGUAAUAUUGUUACUGGUAUAUCUGUUUGUUAUUGUUGUUAUUCAGAGCUUAUGAUAUGUUACAUCAUAUAAAAUAAAGGACAUGAUUUUUGUAA